CUUGUGUUUCUUGCGUUUGACGUUAUUGUCAUUAAGAUUUGAAUUUGAUAAUUCGGCACAGAGUGCAUAGUGUCACUGAUUAGCUGCUCUGCGAACUAGCAUAACACGAAGUACUGUACUCUACUGAGUGACAGUCACGUGAUGGAUACACAAUGAUGGCAGAAAUAGGGCAGCAAACAAAUCGCUAUUUUCUCAUUUUAUAGCCUCCAACCGAGCCCUUUAUCAUUACUUCCGGUGGACCGGAUACCACCUACUCGGGCUCCUUAAGAUGUUCAAAACCUCGAUCUUGUGUCUUUUUAUGGUGGGCUAGUGCCUCACGUUAUCCACAGUUACUUUUCCAUGUCGUUGUUUUGCAUGGUCUUGAGUAUUAAGCUACUUUGCAGAUGAAAUUACACAGAAUGCUGUUGACAAUGUGUAUGCGCUGCCCAAGGAUGUAUCCGCCACUCAGGGGACACUUGAAUUCAAAGCGCCUUUUAACCUCUGUUGGUCCCCUGUCCUAUGUUAGAGCCCUUAGUCCAAUGGUUGGUCGUGCCAUGCGCUACUGUACAAGGCUCUCAGUGCCACCAAAGUACAACAGUGACGAUGCUCCUGAGGUGCUUUGUUGUCAUUUACUGCUUAAGUCGAGAAGAAGUCCAGUUUGCUUGGCAAGAAACAAGGACUUGCUAAGAGGAGGAGCAUCAUGGGCUGCAGUGUCCUUUGUCCGCCACAGCAUGACCGAAGCUACUCUUUCCACUGUGCCGCCACCUUUUGUUGUGAUGCGAUUUGACCAAGAGGGAAAUGUUACAUCAUUUGAGAAGAAGAAAAACGAGCUUUGCCAGGAGCUAAGUCUUCAGGCACGGGACCUUCGCUUUCAGCACAGUAGCAGCCUCACAACCAGAAACAACUGCAUUAUCCUACGAAUGGAGUCAUUAAAAGCCAUCGUGACUCCCCAUUGCCUUUUGGUGUUGGAUUUCCGUGGGCUGGGAUUGGAGCGCUGGCUCGUGCUGGAGCUUGCCCCGCAGCUGGCCUCGCAGACGCACUCGCUGCCUUUUGAGUUCAGAGCUCUGGAAGCCAUCCUACAGCACAGGGUAAACAAUUUACAAACCCGGCUGAACGAAGUUGAACCAGUAAUAUUGGACAUUUUGGAAUCUCUGGUGGAUCCGAAAAUCCUGUCUGCUGAUCGAAGUAAACUGCACAUACUGCUGCAGAACAGUAAGAGUUUGUCCGAGUUGGAGACUGACAUUAAAGUUUUUAAAGAUUCCCUGCUUAAGAUUUUGGAUGAGGACGAGAUCAUUGAAGAGCUCUGCCUCACCAAGUGGACAGACCCCAGAGUUUUUGAGGAGAGCAGUUUGGGGAUUGACCAUGCAGAGGAGAUGGAACUUUUAUUGGAUAAUUACUACAUGCAGGCUGAGGAGCUGGGCAACAAGGCCAGGGAGCUGAAAGGCCUGAUUGAUGACUCGGAGAGUGUCAUCUUUAUCAAUCUGGACAGCCAUCGAAAUGUGAUGAUGCGUUUGAACCUGCAACUGACCAUGGGGACCUUCUCACUCUCCUUAUUUGGUCUCAUCGGGGUGGCCUUCGGAAUGAAUUUGGAGUCGUCUUUUGAAGAGGACCCUCGUGUUUUUUGGCUGGUUACAGGAUUCAUGUUUCUUGGCAGCGGUCUGAUUUGGAGGCGACUGCUUUCAUUUCUGGGACGACAUCUAGAGCCUGCAUUACUGCCACCAAUUCCACCAGUUUGGAAGAGAAAUCUGAAAGCAUCAGACAUGAAACCUGGAGUGAGAUGAUGCUUUCCAACCUUUAACAAGCUUCAGCACUUUUAAGGCCAUUAGUCUGACCUCCUGUUUUCCACAAAGACACAAAUCAGUUGUUUCCCAUCGGGAUCCUGUUGAACUUUUGUUUGUAUGUCCUCGCGCAUGCAGUGUGUCUUCAACAUGAGCAAGGUGUAGAUCGUUCACAUUCAUUUGUCCUUGGGUGAAAAAUUUCCUUGCCUUGCUUGAUACUGCAAUGUAUCAUAAACAUCUAAGUGAUACGCCUGUGUUUUUUUAUUUCAUGAUAGUAAGACAAAUGUUUUGGUGUGUAACUUUAAGAUACGGUUGGUUCGCAUUGAUCAUUUACGUUCAGUCAAUUCCUCAACCUUUUUUAUCUACUGUACGUACUGUAGAUAGCUAUUGAAAAAACGGUCCUCUGAACAUUUGGAACAUUUUUGAAUCGUUGAAAGUAUGGAUGUCAUAGUGAAUAAUAUAUCUGAAUAUAAAGAAAAUAGGACAGUUUGCUGUC